AUGGGGUCUCGUUUGGUGUCUUCAAUUGUCAAAGAUAAGGUUCGUAGCAAUCCUUUGGUAAGGCCUAUUGAGCUGAUUACUGAUUUGAAGGAGAAUUAUGGAUUGGAUAUCCCUUAUCAUGUUGCGUGGUAUGGGAAGGAGUCGGCUACUAAGGAUUUGCAUGGUGAUGAGGAGUUGUCUUAUGCUCACCUGCCUUGGUAUGUGAAUGUUUUGAAGGCCAGCAAUGUCGGAUCUCAUUGUAUGCUUGACUGUGGCGAGGAUGGUUCUCGUUUCCAGCGGAUCUUUAUAUGUUUUAAGGCCUACAUUGAUAGUUUUCGGUGGUGUAGGCCUAUGCUGUUCAUUGAUGGUACUUUCGUCACAAACAAGUACAAGGAAGUAUUCCCUUUUGCCUUUGCGAUUGUAUCCGGUGAAACUGUGGACAAUUGGAGAUGGUUUCUGCAAAGGAUAUCUGAAGUCUUGGUGGAUGAAGGUAGGCAACUUACAUUCAUCUCUAAUAGGCAUGGUGCUAUUAUCGAUGUUGUUAGGACUUUGUUGUAUGCACCAACUGUUGAGGAAUAUCAAGAUACGUUGAAAAAAUUAAGAGAUGAUGGCGGUUCAAAAAUAAUUGAUAAGUUUUUGGUUGAUCUCCCUGUCCAAAAUUUUGCUAAUGCAUUUUUUCCGGGAAAGAGGUAUGGGGAGGUUAGUAAUGCCUUGUCUGAGUCGUUUAAUUCAUGGGUUAAGGAUGUGCAUAGGCUUCCAAUUUAUGAGAUGAUUGACACUGUGAGAAUCAAAAUGAUGGAGAUGAUUUCUAGGAGGAAGCUUGCAUCUGAGAAAUGGAGUAGUGUUAUGUGUCCUGUUAUUGAGGAUGAGUUGAAGAAUUUAGCUGCAAAGGGUCGUCAUUGGAGGAUAUAUCGCGCGAGUGAAUCUAUUUUUGAAGUUCAUGCUGAUUUGAGUGUUAUGGUCAAUUUGGACGACAGGUUUUGCUCCUGUUAUCAGUGGCAAUUGCUUGGGUUUCCGUGUCAACAUGCGAUUCAAGUUAUCCAACAUUCCGGGUUAUGUUUGUACAACUUUGUGGAUGAGUAUUACAAGGCAUACUUUUAUAGGGCUACUUAUGCAACUCCUAUAUUUCCCAUACCUGAUAUUGAGAAGCCUCCUCCUGGAGAUGUUCUUCUUCUACCUCCUCAUACAAAAAAGCCUCCGAGACAACCUUCGACAAAGCGCUUCAAGUCAAGCAGUGAAACUAAAAGGCAGGUGAAGUGCAAGAGAUGCGGUUCUUGUGAUCGUCAUAAUAGGAGGACUUGCAAGGUUCCUAUUUGAUGUAAAGGUUCUGAGUAUAAAGACUUGAAUGAGA